CGAGAGCUCCAAUGCGCAUGCAUAGGUUUUUGCUGCAUUUGUCAGUCUGUAGUUUUGGAAAAUCAUAGAACUUCUGUAGUUUCGGUGUUGUGAUCACUAGCCUCUACAAUUGUGUAAAUUCGUUUCAAAAUGGCUUUAAAGAGCGUUGUUGGAGCAAAAAUCAUGAACGACGUUAUACGAGCUGUAAAGAAAAAAGGUGAUUGGAAAGUCUUAGUAGUUGAUAAAUUAGGAAUGCGGAUGAUAUCUGCAUGUUGUAAAAUGCAUAGAAUAGCACAAGAAGGUAUCACCAUUGUUGAAGACAUUGAAAGAGCUCGCGAACCUUUACCAAAUAUGGAGGCUGUAUAUCUAAUCACACCGACUGAUAAGUCUGUCAGUCUGCUAAUAAGAGACUUUCCACUUAAUCGCAAUAUGUACCGUUAUGCCCAUGUCUUUUUUACAGAAGCCUGUGGUGAAGAAUUAUUCAAUGAGCUGUGUAAGUCUCCUGCUGCAAAAUACAUAAAAACGUUGAAGGAGAUCAACAUCGCAUUCUUGCCGUACGAAUCUCAGGUUUUCUCUCUCGACCUCCCUGAAACAUUUGCUCUCUAUUAUAAUCCAGCAAAAGCGUCUCACUCAGUAAAUUUAGAGCGUAUUGCUGAACAGAUCGCAACAGUUUGUGCUACGCUUGGAGAGUAUCCCAAUUUAAGAUACAGAUUUGAUUUUGAUAGAAAUGUUGAGCUUGCACAACUGAUUCAACAAAAGCUAGAUGCUUAUAAAGCUGAUGAACCAACCAUGGGAGAAGGUCCAGAAAAAAUGAGAUCUCAACUUUUAAUAUUAGAUAGAGGCUUUGAUUGUGUUUCACCUCUAUUACAUGAAUUGACUUUUCAAGCUAUGUCAUAUGAUCUUCUCCCUAUUCACAAUGAUGUUUACAAAUUUGAAACAUCAACUGGUCCUGAUGUUAAUGUUAAAGAAAAAGAAGUCUUACUAGAUGAAAAUGAUGAACUUUGGGUAGAAUUGAGACAUCAACAUAUUGCUAUAGUAUCAACGAGUGUUACGAAACAACUCAAAACAUUUAUUGAAAGUAAACGAAUGUCGGCUUCUGCUGAUAAAGCCAGCUUUAAAGAUUUGUCAGUUAUGAUUAAGAAAAUGCCGCAAUAUCAGAAAGAACUGAGCAAAUAUUCUGUUUAUCUGCACUUGGCGGAAGACUGUAUGAAAUGCUAUCAAGGAAAUGUUGACAAAUUGUGCAAAGUCGAACAGGACUUAGCAAUGGGAACAGAUGCUGAAGGUGAAAAAAUUAAAGAUCCUAUGAGAAAUAUUGUUCCUAUUUUGCUUGAUGGAGCAGUCAGCACGUUUGAUAAGAUACGGAUAAUUCUUUUAUACAUAUUAUCCAAAAAUGGCAUAACUGAAGAAAAUCUUGCUAAACUAAUACAGCAUGCCCAGAUCCCACCUUCAGAAAAAGCAAUGAUAACCAAUAUGGCUAUGCUAGGUGUAAACAUAGUAACUGAUGGUGGCAGAAAGAAGCCUUAUCAAGUACCCAGAAAAGAAAGAAUUACUGAACAAACUUACCAGAUGUCCAGGUGGACACCAGUAAUCAAGGAUGUUAUGGAAGAUGCUAUUGACGAUAAAUUAGAUGCCAAACACUUCCCAUUUUUAGCAGGCCGUGUUGCACAGAGCAAUUAUGGACGGCCAACACCUACAAGUGUAAGAUAUGGACACUGGCACAAAGAUAAAAAUGCACCAAAUAUAAAAAAUUUACCUCGUAUGAUUGUAUUUAUUGUUGGAGGUUGCUGUUAUUCAGAGCUCAGAGCUGCUUAUGAAGUAACAAAAGAAUACAAAAACUGGGAAGUAAUUAUAGGAAGUGAUCACCUUCUUACCCCAGAGGGAUUCCUCAGCGAUCUACGUGAUCUCACAAGCUAAACUUUGGUGUGUUUUUAAAACAUCCUAUUCAUAUAUGCAUGUUUCUUCUAGACCAGUUUUAUGUACAGUAUUCAGCUAGUCAUUCUCAUUCCUUUGUUUCUAUCCUAUCAAAUUAUCUACGUAACAUAUGCACAUAUGUAUGUCCUUCAUACUUGUGUACAUAUUUACACCCACAUAAAGGAUGUUUUUACUUCGGUAGCUUUUUAAGCUUUUGGGGGCAAAUUUUUUAACAGCUGGCAACUUGAGUAAUGUGAUAAUUAGCCACUGAUAGAUUGUUAGUGCAGCACACUACUUUUUCCACUCUGACUGUUGGGAUAUGUAAUCAAUGCAUUUAUAAUAGUCAAGAAAUAUAUAGUAAUUUAUAACAUGUUUUGUAAAAUAGAUUUCGAUUAAACUGAAAACACUUUUUCAUAGAUUCCUUAUAUUUCCUUUACACGAAAAUUGUGCUUUAAAUAUCAGGGUUCCCACGGUUCUUAAAAGUCCUUAAAAACUGCUGAAUUUUUAUUUUGGAAAAUAAGGGCCCUUAAAAUACUUAAUUUUAGUUUGAGAUCUUUAAAAGUCCUUAACUUAUAGUUGAUUUAAACAAUUUGAUCUUACAAAUAUAUUUUGAAACAAAAAGUCUGUCUUUCUUUAACUUAAGAUUGAGACUUUGCACAGAUGGUAGAGCCUUUUAAGAGACAAAAAGGGAUGUGUGUGAGGGGGACUACAUUCAAGGGGAAAAAGGCCUAUCUUUUCUAGUUCUAAUAAUGUUAAAAAAAAAUAUUCAUCCUUUCUCCUAAAAUGAGAAAUUCUGCAAGAAAAAAAAAAUGGGUGUGGGAGAGAGGAAGAUCGUACAAUUAUAUCAGUAACUACAAUAUAAAUUUUUUUUUAGAAAAAUAAAUGGGACUGUUAUUUGAGGGAUAAACAAAAACUACUAUUUUAAGGUUCAUUAUUUUUAUAAAAAAGUCCUUAAAAAACCUUAAUUUUUGCUUUGAUAAAAAAGUGGGAACCCUGUAUAGUUAAUUUUAAAAAGCUUUUUGUGAAAAUUAUUUAUUUUUUUUCUAUUGUGGUGCUUAACCUAUUUGCGUUACACGGGAGAGCGAAAACCAUGAGUUCGCAUAUAUGUGCUUAAGAUGCAAAUGGGUUAAUAUAACCCUUGUGUAACUGAUUCGAUCUCUUUUUAAAGUGGUGCUUAACCCCUUUGCAUCCCACGAAGGAGCGAAAUACGUGAGUUCGCAUAUGUGUGCUUAUGAUGCAAAUAAGUUAAUGUUGUAUUUUACUGAAUCAUGAAAAUAAUUACUUUCAAAAUUACUGUGAAAAAUGUCUAGAAUUUGUCUAGUAUCUAAAAAUGUAUUUGGGUCUGUUGAAUAAUUGUAUUUACAUGCUCAGUGGUUUAAAGAUUAUUCAUUAGAGUUGAUAUAACAGAGUAGCAGGGAUGCCACAUUUUAUAAAUUUUAAUUCUCACAAAUAAAUUUGAGUUUGAAAAAGGCUUGAAAACUACUGGAAAGUUCAGUUUCAUGAAUUUUUUUUUGUAUGUUUUUUAUUUGUGAGUUAUUAUUGUUUUUUAAAUUUUUAGCCAUUUCUUUAUUUUUCUGUCUGCGGGAAAUGUUUCAUUUGUCCCGCAAUUAAGUUCUAAACAAUGUUUUCGAUAAUACUAUUAAUCUGAUUAUUUUUUUAAACUUAUUUUUAUUUAGGAAACUAUAGCUGUGUCGUAUCUCACAGUUUAAUAGUACAAUUGUAAGUACUACUAAAAAUUAUUUCUCUCACUACAAAAAAAAAUAAAUUAAUAAAAUAAUGGAAAAAUAUAUUUGUUACUGCAAAAACUAUGGAACUCUAGGCCUGUGGCUGCAAAAAAAUCUUCCUAUUAAAAAAAAAUUGAAAAUAGUCCUGUUACUGCCGAAAAACACUGCAGUAGAUUGGCAUCCCUGCAAUAGUUUCUUUAACGUUAAAACAGCUUCAAUACAAUUACAAAUGAGUUGAAGUUAGUUUGAUGUUGUAAAGUCUUAAAGUAAGACUUAAAUUGAGCUAGAUAGUAAACAACUCCAUUUUCUUUCAAGAAAAUGAGUCAGAUUCUUAAGUUAUUCACGUAAUGAAGCAAAUUCUAGUUUAGCUAAUUGAACACCCUUUAAGAUAUCUGCAAAAGGAUUCAUUCUAAAAAUUAAACCGAAUGAAUCCAAGCAAAAAAAUAAAUACACAUUAAAUAGAAGUUUGUUUAGUUUGUACCUAAACUAAAUGUAUUUGCAGGGAUUUGAAUUAGUAAUUUAAAAAUGCUUGAUCAUACCUUAAAAAUACUGCACUUUAACAUUCAUUUCACAUUUUCAGUGCUAACUAUUAGUGUCAAAUUAAUUCUAGUUUAAUCAUUUUUCUAGAUUUUAAACAAUGUGAUAUUAGCUGCCUAUUUUGUUUUAAGAAAAAAAAUAGUUAGUGGUUUAACUUGUAUUAAUUAGAUUAAUUUAAAUUUUUCUUUGCAUGGCAACACGCAAUUUUCAUUGCGCUGUUAAUGCUUCAGGUCAUGUAGUUUUAUUUAGAACUCAACUUUAAUUGUAUAAUUAAUGCUAGGCAUGCAAUAAUUGCAAACUUUGUUUGAGUUUUUGUCAUGUUUAUAAUUGUUGUUAUAAACCCGAAACGGUGGUUGCUUUUUGCCACAAACAUAGUAAAUAAAAAGUGGAACUAUUAUGUCAUUCAUUUAUAAAUGUAAUUGUCAGUAUAAAUCUUAAGUAAUAAGUUUGUUUAUAAGUGUAAAAAUCUUUUGAAAUAAAAUUUUCCAUUUCGGUAUAAAUUUUAAAGAAGUGAAGAAUACUGUGCAUCAAUGAUAACAUAUUUCAACUUCCAUAUCAGAAAAAUCAAUAAUGCUCAAAUAAAAAUCAAAUUUCCCCUACUCUGGGAUUUUUUUUUUUAAUUUUAAUAAUUGUUCUUUUGUCACUCUUGGAAUUGUCCAUCUUUUGGAAUCUUGUUUUAGGAUUUGUUGACCUGUACUCAAAUACAAAGUUUUCUAACAUUAAUUUAUCACUGACAUUAAUUAUCUUACAUUAUUACCAUAAAUUUGUGUAUACAUUAAGAAAAAUAAUUUUAAUAUUGAUCUGUUGCAAGGAAAAAAACUUUAUUACAUUUGUUAUUUCAUUCUCUUGUUUUUAUGUUUUGGUAUUAUAUAAAAUAAAAAAAAGUUGUUUGUUAAUGAUAAUAUAAAUAUCAAGGAAUCUUACCUUGAGACUCGAUGUAUCUAAAAGAAAGAAACUUUGUUAUCAAUUACAAAUUUUAUCAAAUCAAGAGCACAAUAUGGUAUCUUAUUAAACUUAUUAUUUUCAUUCUUUCUUAAUAAUUUGUACUAGUACUAUUAUCUAUAAUAAUAAUAACCUGGUUUAAAGUAAAUUUCAAUAAGCAAUGAUUUUCGAGGAAGUAAAACUCUAGUAAUUCUUAGUUUUCAUAUUUUGAUAUACAGGCGUGGAAAAAAAACUUUAUUUUAUAUCUUUGAAUGUAACAAAUUAUACACAAAACUGUAAAAAUGAGUACUAGGGUUAGUGUUGAUUGAAUAAUCUACAUUUUAGCUUUUUUGUAGUUUUGUCUAUUGGUCUACGUUGUUAAAAACACUAUUUACAUCUAUGUCAUUUGUAUUGCUUUUGAAUGCUUGUGACUUCAAAGAAUAUAUCUAGGUGUUUAAAAAAAUUAAUUAGACUUUAAUUAUCAUUGUGUUUACUUCCGGUUUUUAUAUUCAUAUAUAUAAUGAAAAUUUUAAUAUUUUCGUAUAAAAAAAAUUGGAUGUUUUAAAGUCAUUUCCUCUUUGCUAAGACUUAUUAAUUUUCUUAGAGGUGAGUAAAGGAGGAUUUUAUUUGGUUGUUUGUUAGGUUAUUAAAAAUUCUAAAAUAUAUUUUAUGCGAAAAUUACAUUAUACAUUGCAUCAAAUGUGAAACUGUAGCAUUGAAUCUGCAGGAGAUGCUAGAGGCAAAGGAGAAAACUAUGUAAAGUUUGUACAUUUAGAUAAAUGUAUUAUACCAAUUAUAUUUCAUAGAAAAGGAAACACAAUUAUUUACAAGUUUGCAUUGUGAAAACAAACUUCUGACAAACAUUUUUUUAAAUGUAAUUUUUCCUUAUAAUUACUAACAAUGAAUGUUAAAAGAAAAUCUAGAAUGUCUUGAACUUUUACAUUCCUACUUGAAUUUUUAAUUAUGUAUCUUGCAAAGCCUUAAAAAAAUUUAUUUUACAUUCAAUAAUAUUAAUAUUUUUUUGCUUUUAUAAUAAAUCCAAAUAUUGUUUAAUAAAAUCUGUACCAUGUGUGCCUGAUCAAAAUUUUUGAGUUAAGUUUAUAAUCAUAGCUAUGGUUUUCACCUUUCAUACAUUCAUUAAUGGAGUAUAUGUUUGUAACAAAUAGUUCAAGAAUUGAAUGAUGUCUAGUUUAAAUCUAGUUAAAUUUUUGUACUGUGGAUGUGAAAUUGCUAUCUUUUUUAUGUUAUCAAAUUGUAUUCUUUUCAUGUUAAAAAGCUUAAUUUUAUCAAUAUUAUGCCUAGACAAUAGUUAAAUGUCUAGAUUUAUUAAUUCAGCGUCUAGAUUUUCAGCAAUUAUUAUAGAGAUGUUUUUUACAUAAAUAUUUUUUUAUAUCAAAUGUAUAGCUAGCAUUUAAAAUUACAAUUUUUCCUAGUUUAAUUGAAUACUUAUGAGGGAAAAUAUACAUAGGCAUGUGCAUCUGAAGAUGUUGUCAUAAAUGUUGAUAAAAUAUUUUAUUAUAAAAAUUAGCGUAAAAAUUAAUUCUAAAAUUAUGGAAUUUAUCCCAAAACUUUAGAUGACUUUUUUAUCAUCAGGAUUGAUGUCACAGCCCUUUGUGGGCCCGGCCUCCUUUAAAAGUAUUUUUUUCCUUUAAAUAAAAUUAAUAAUAAAAUUAAUAUUUUGUUAUGAACACGGCAAAAUCUUGGCAGUUUUUCCAUCUUAUUUUUUUGUUUAAAAUAGUGAUGUUUAUUCUCCAACGAUUUACUGUUGAUAUUUUUAUUACAUAGUGAAACAGGAAUUCCAAUGACAAAAACUUUUAUCGGAAAAAAGCUUCUCGAAGCUGAGCAUUGUGAAAUUAGAGCUCAUUCUAAUUAUUUUUAAAACAGGAUUCUUUUAAGUGCCCAUUCCGGGGUAAACAGGACUCACCUUUUAUCCAUCUGGUCCUCCACACUUUUUUUACUUAAAUUUAGAACAUACAUUUUACAAAAUAAUAAUCAAAGAAAUCAUAUAACUGAUUGGCUUAGUGAGAUUAAUCUCAUAAAUUUUGUCCUGAAAUCUUACUGCAAGUAACGUACUCUCGAACUUGGCGCCAUAGAUCUGGCUAAUUCCAAAAUGUAAACGUUGACAUAUUUUAUAUAACUACAGUGUGCUGUUAGGAUGGGCUAACUGGUGAAUGAAUAAAAAAAAUAAUUAAAUUGCUUUACUGGGGAGGAAACUAAAGAAUAAGAAGAAAUUAAUCCUUCCCCUGGACUUGGUGAAAAUGUCGGUGUGGCUUUAACCCACUGGCGAUUAAGCGAACGGGCAAAAUUGAAAGAAUGUUUCUCCCCAAUACACUAUUUCCCUAUCUAAUAACAUGGAAAAACCAGGCUUGCUAUGCAGAAAAGACUACAGGUUAAAAUAAGACUUUUUACGUGCAGAACCAUCAACGGGUUAAGUCUUAAAGAGAGCCUUGAUUUAAAUAAGUUUUUUUUUCCUUUUAAACAAAAAAAAUUUAUGUCAAUAAAAAAUUUAAAAACAUAGUGUGACAUAAUAAUUUUGUUUGAAGUCUAGUCUCAAUUAAUAAAAUAAUAUUUUGGUUUUUAAACCCGUAUUUGGAGGCAGCGUCGUUUGUGUAGAUCUAAAUAAAAGAUGCAGUUUCUGCCUAUGAAAAUAUACAUUAUAAAUAUAUUGUAUUAAUAUUACUAACUUUAAAAGUAGUAGUGUCAAAAACCCUAUUUAGCAUUUAAUAAUACUCAGUGUCUAAAAAUAUAAGUAGAUAUUUUAUCAUAAAUCAUGUUUAUGCUCAAUUAGAAAUCAGUAUUUUGAAAAGUGCUUUUUUUUUCAUGUAUAUGGACAGAUUACUAUUAAUCUGGAAUUAUACCAGUACUUAAGUUGAGAAGAUAAGAACACAUGAGAAAUUUUACUUUCAUAUUAAGCACUAGGAAGCUGAACAUGAUCACUUUAAUCAAUUUGCCUUGCGUUAACUCCAUUAAAAACUGGGACUAACUUAGAGGAUAAAUUGAGUGAUUUUAUUUAUAGUAUAACUUAUUUCUAUAUUAUAGAAAUUUAUUUGUGAUCCAUAUUUUAUUUUACUGAAAUUCUUUUAUAAGGCAAUAUUUUUAGAGAGCUGUUGUUUUAUUUUAAGAUCAUAUUUUUAUAAGAUUUCACUAUCCUUAAUGAAUUAUUAUUUCUAUAAUUUUUUUGGUCGUUUUCAGCUUUCCAAUGAAAUAAAUUAAACUGCUUUCUGGUGUCAGUAAGCCUAGCUGAUAUGAUCGAAUUAACUUUUUAAAAACAUACUUAGAUUUUUCAUUAUGUUUUAUAAGAAUAAUUUUUUUAUUUUUUAUAAACACACAUUAAAUUUUUCUAUUUAAUUUUUUUACUUAAAAAAGUAAACUUUUUUUCUUUUUUGAAUUGAAGUAAAAGGAAAUUUUCUUACUGAAAUUUUUCAAAUAAUUAGUAAAAAGUGGGUGUAAAACAAUUUUAUUACCUGUCUUUCAAGGGCAAUUAAACACAAUAAACUAAGUGUGACAGCCACUAUAUAUUAAGAAUUAUUUAAACUUAAACUGUGUUGUAUUUGAGAUUAAAGUGAUAGUCAGAAAGAGGAAUAAUUUCUUGCCCUAAUUGCAUCGCUGCCACUCUUUGCUUAUUAUUAGAAAAUUUUCAGCCCUGAAUUCUAAUGUAAACCAAAAGUAUAUACUGUUGAUAUUGGAUUGUCAUUCAUUAAUUUGACAAGGUUAAAACAUUACAUACUUAAUUAUAUAGUUACUUAAAAGAACUCUCAAACUGUUAGAGAAUUUGUACAGAAUUAUUUACUUGCAUACUUUCCCCAUACCUGAAAAUCUCUGUAUAUAACAUUUUAUUCUAUACACAAUAAUCAUUUUACCUUCUUUUUUUUUUGUGAUUACUUACAGUAUUUAUCAUUUGAUUUGUUUUUUGUAAAAUUGUUUACUUCCAUGAUAUAUGUAUAAAAGUUCUUUAUAAAAAAAAUGUUGUAGAAUUGUUAGUAUGUGUGUAAAAUGUUUGGUAUAACCAUGUCUUUUUCUUGUUAUUAAUAAUGCAGUGCUCAGAAUUGGGAUUUUAAAAAAGUAUUUAUGCAAUUUUAUUUUCCUUUAUUUAAACAACUUUAAGUUGUUUUAUUUUAAAUAAAUGGGGUUUUAUUUCAAGGGAGAGCAACUACUGUGAGUUUGGAUUCGAACAACAGAAGUAGUGAAAGCUAUUUAAAAAACUGUAAAAUUAUCAUUUUCCACUUCUUUUUUUUAACAAUCUGGAAAAAGGGAUUUAAUUUGUGAAUGACUCCUUACUUGAAAUAGGUUUUUUUAUUUUUUAUUUGGUGACUAACACUUACUUUAUCCCUCGUAAACAAAGAUAUUUGUUUGAUAAUUAAAAUUAAAUCUUCAGACACUUUUGUUAACUCUAAGAGUUGUUCUUUAUAUUAAUAAAUUUAUGUAAACUUAUUUUAUUGCUUAGAAUAAUUUUAAUCUUUGGAACGACUAUUAAAUUUUUUGCUUUAUAUUUUAUUGCAGAAAAUUAUAUCAGUUACAGUAGAACAAAAAACUUCUACAAUUUACCCUUCCUGUUAUUCAACUUAAUUAUCAUUUUUAUUUAACAUUGAAGUGUCUUUUUGUUUGUUUGUUUUUUUUAACAUUUUCCUGUAAAUUAACACAUUACUGAUUGCAGAUUCUUUGCUAAAAUGUGCUGUGAGACUGACCAAAAAAGCCUUAAAUGAGAAUUUUUGUUUUCAUAAACUGGAUAGAGUAGAAGAUAGCAAAAUAUUUUAAACAUUUUGUUGAAAUUCGCAAUUCAGUGUUUAAACAUUUUUCAAGCCAUCUCAAAUUAUUAUUAUUAUAACCAAAACCAUAACAAAAUCCAAAGGUUACGAAAAUAAAUUUACCCAGUGAAAUAUUUAAAACUAAAAAUAUGUUAUUUGCAAAAAAUAAGUUCAAAAGGAGAGUAUAAUUUCAUCAAGUACGUUGCACAGGUAAUUGUGAAAAAACUUAUCUGUAACCAUAAGGAAUAACAACAAAAACGGGAAAAUUUGCUUUCAUUCAAUUACAUUUGUAAUAUGAAAACAAGAAUUCUCGUGUUGGCAAUGGAUAAAUUAUUAUUUCUAUGUUAUUUGUUUUAUGUAAUCUGAAAAUUAGUGUUCCACUUUCUCAUUUUUGAUUUAAUUUUUUUUCCUUUCAAUAUUAUUGGAGCACUGCUAAACUGUAUUGUUCUAGUUAAAUAUAUGUAUAUUUUGAUGAAAGAAUUUAUCCAGUAAUAAAUACACCAGUAAAUAUAUAGGAUCAUGUUUUCUGUGAUAAUUACAUAUAGCUCAUAAAAAGUAAAAUACAGCUAUUUAACCCUAAUUAGUUAAGUGUUUAAACAUUAAAAGUACAUUUUAUUUCCUUUUUUAUCAGUACUCUUAUUAUAUAUGAGCUUAGCAAAAAGAUUCAUGCUUUUUAAACUUAAAUUAAGCAUUCAAGCUAAGAUGACUAUGAAUUUAUUAUUGUCAUAGAUAGUGUGCAUAGUACUUUGAUCACUACUGAAAUUACUUACAUUUCAUCUCUAGUCAUCCUAAUUCAACAUGUUGUUUCUAUUAGCUCUGUAAUAUGUAUCAGCAAAAUAAAGCAAGAAUAUCAUA